AGCUAAUUAUAUGACCAGAUUCAGAUUAAUAUACAUCUUAACCCAUGCAAUCCAUUUCUAUAUAAAACACAUACACGAACUUGAUAUUAUUAGAGAUUGAGCAAUGGAGGGUAACAGCAGCAGUAGCAAGUCAACCACCAAUCCAGCAUUGGAUCCGGAUCUGGACAACCCGGAUCAGUCGGGUCUGGAAUUUGCCCAAUUUGCUGCCGGCUGCUUUUGGGGAGUCGAAUUGGCUUUCCAGAGGGUUGGAGGAGUAGUGAAGACGGAGGUUGGGUACUCUCAGGGGAAUGUCCAUGACCCGAAUUACAAGAUUAUUUGCUCCGGAACAACCGAACAUGCCGAGGCCAUUCGGAUCCAGUUUGACCCAAACGUCUGCCCGUAUUCCAAUCUCCUUUCUCUAUUUUGGAGUCGCCAUGACCCGACCACUCUAAAUCGCCAGGGUAAUGAUGUGGGAAAGCAAUACCGCUCAGGAAUAUAUUACUAUAAUGAUGCUCAGGCUCAACUGGCAAGGGAGUCGUUAGAAGCUAAGCAGAAGGAAUUUAUGGAUAAGAAAAUUGUCACUGAAAUUCUUCCUGCUAAGAGAUUUUAUAGAGCUGAAGAGUAUCACCAGCAAUAUCUAGAGAAGGGUGGGGGCAGAGGUUGCAAGCAGUCGGCUGCAAAGGGCUGCAAUGACCCAAUAAGGUGCUACGGUUGACAGCAGAUCUUUGAGUGACAGCACCUUUCUUCCUCCAGUCAAUAGAAGGAGGGACAUUAUCCUCAUUGGCGUACAUGAAAGUUCCAUUUGCUCGUGAAGCUCCAAGCAAAGUACGAUGAUGCUUAAUCUUGGAACCAGCAUAAUGCUGUCUGAAUUCAUGGUUAGUCAUGUCUGCAAACUUAUUCAGUUUCAAUUUAUAAGGCUUAUCCUUCUUGUUGAAGUUGUGAACAUAAUGAACAUUAGCCUUAAACACAUUAAACCUCUUGUGUUUC